GCAAGUUUUAAAAGUUGAGUUUGGUGCUAGAACAGCAGGGAAAGGACGCUGCGCUGCCCACAGUGAAAACUACAGUCUCCAUUUGUCCCCGGACGCACUCCCUCAUUCAUGUUCUGUCAGGAAUAUUCAUGUGUGUGUUGUAUUGAUAACAAGGGUGUGUGUCUGUGAGCGAGCAUGUGAGUGAUCGAUAAUAUGGAGCAAAGCAGCGCCGGGAAUGGAAACGCCAUAAGGGACGGAGAGUUGUCAUGGCAGACCCAGACGUUUCGACACAGAGUGGGGGCUACGACGUGGAGCUGUUUGUCGAACCCCCAGACUACGAUUUGAUCUGCACCAUUUGUCAGGGGGUCCUCAGAUGUCCAGUGAGAAGUGCGUGCCACCACAUCUUCUGCAAGAAAUGCAUCUUACAGUGGCUAAGAAGACAGGAGACCUGCCCCUGCUGCAGGAAGCCAGUAAACCCAAGCUUGAUUUUUGUCAUGUACAAGCUCAGCAAAUCGAUUGGACGCACGAAAAUAAAGUGCAAAAACGAGAUCCGUGGCUGUAAAGACACCUUUCCCCUCUCGGAGCAGUACUGUCACAGCAUGAGCUGCCUGUACGAGCUCAUCUCCUGCCCGUACCAGGGCUGCAGGGCGCAGCUUCUCCGCAGGGACCUGGACACACACGCGCGCCACUGCGAGCACUGGCGCCAGCCCUGCCACAUGGGCUGCGGGACGAUCCUCACUCACAGCACCCAGGCUCAGCACAACUGCUACAAGCAGCUGAGGCAGGAGUACGAGAGCAGGCAGAGGAACCACAGGGCCAUCGCCACGGCCCUACAGCGGAAGAUGAGGAGGAUGCAGAGCACCAUGGCGCACAUGAAGAGGCAGAUAGGGUUAAUCUGUGAGAGCCUGGAGGUAAUGGAUGAUCUGCACGAGGUGGAGGAGGAGGAGGACCCCGGAGAUAGCAGCGGUAGCUUCAGUGGGACUUCAAGUCCCAAUGGGGGAGUGGUGGCCUAGUUGUUAGAGCACAGAGCUUCGGUCCCAGAGGUUCUGAGUUCAACUCCCACAAGCUGCCA